GAAAAUCAGACACGCACCGCUGUUUACGUUCUCUUCAAAAACCCUUCUCGAAUUUCAUCGAAACAACAUUCAAGAAAGCAAAGAUUCCAUCUUUCUGUCAGAGAAGGGAGAUUAAUUUUAGUUGGGUGCGUUUGAAGAGGACAGAAAAUGGAGGGCCAAAGUGAGAAUUUCCGUGGCGUGAUCAGACAAUCAAACAACCAUGGGGGGAUGAAGGUUACUGCUCAGGCUGGGAAUAGAAGGAAGGCGUUGAGCAAAAUCGACAGCAAUGUGAUUGGAGUUCAGAAAAGGGGCGUCUUGAAAGAGAAAAAUGGUGUCUUUCAGAAGAAUCCCGUGGCUCCGCUUCAUCGUCCAGUGACUAGGAAGUUUGCUGCACAAUUAGCUGUCAAAGAGAAGCAGGAUGUGAAGCCAUCCGUCCAACAUGCUGUUGAGCAUAAAUCAUCAGACGGCAUUACCAUCGAGGCAGAAGCCUCUGAGGACCAUGAUAUGCCGAUGUAUGUGCAACAUACGGAAGCUAUGCUGGUGGAAAUUGAUCGAAUGGAUGAUGAAGUUGAGAUGGAAGACCUUGACUUGGAUGAGCCGAUUGUGGAUAUAGAUGAUUGUGAUAAGAAGAAUCCACUUGCAGUUACCGAGUAUAUUGAUGACAUAUAUGCAUAUUACAAAAAGACAGAGAGCUCAAGCUGUGUCCCAUCAAACUACAUGGCUCAACAGUUUGAUAUCAACGAUAGAAUGAGGGGAAUUCUCAUUGACUGGCUGAUCGAGGUGCAUUACAAGUUCGAGCUGAUGGAUGAGACGUUGUAUCUAACUGUGAAUCUCAUCGAUAGAUUCUUGGCAAUCCAGUCCGUGGAGAGGAAAAGAUUGCAGCUUGUUGGAAUAACCGCUUUGCUCCUAGCCUGCAAGUACGAGGAAGUCUCUGUUCCUGUUGUGCGAGACCUUGUUUUGAUAUCCGACAACGUCUACUCGAGAAAAGAAGUGCUAAACAUGGAGAAGUCGAUAGUCAAUACCUUACAGUUCAAUAUGUCGCUUCCAACUCCAUACGUGUUCAUGAGGCGCUUCCUCAAAGCUGCUCAGUCCGACAAGAAGUUGGAGCUUGUGUCCUUCUACAUACUCGAACUCUCCCUCGUUCAGUAUGAGAUGCUGCGUUUCCCACCAUCCCUCCUCGCGUCUGCUGCGAUCUUCACAGCCCAAUGCACACUCACUCAAUGUGAAACGUGGAGCAGGACGUGUGGGAAGCAUACUAGCUACAGCAAAGAUGAACUCAUGGAAUGUGCAAGAUUGAUGGUGACUCUCCAUCAGAAUGCAGGAAACGGGAAGCUUACCGGUGUCUACAAGAAGUACUCGACUUCCAAAUACGGCUAUGCUGCUAAAAUCAAGGCUGCUGUCUUCCUCAAAGAAGCAAGAUGAUGACACAGAAAGGGAAUAUACACACAAUAAGAUGGUUGAGUGAUAAAUCUGCUUGGCCUUCUACAAGAUUUGCUAUUUUUCUUGAUUUUUAUUUGCUAUUUUUACUUCCAUCAUGUUCUUUGUGAUGGUGGGCUUUUCACUCAUGAUCCAUUGUGUUCUUUGUAAUGUCUGAAUUUAUAUAAUAUCUCA